GAAGCACUAUAAGAGCCUCCGCUGCGGAUCACCUCUGGGACCAGAUCCAGGACCUGAGCAGGUGCUGAUCCGCGAUGGGGGUUCAUGGCCUGACCACUUUGAUGGAGAAAAACCAGAAGGUCUACCGGGACGUCCGGUGCAGGGGGAGCCGGCUGGUGAUUGAUGGUUGCAACCUCCUCUACGCGUUGUACUUCGACUCGGGGUUGGACCAGAACCACGGAGGGGAGUACGCUAGCUUCGAGGUCCUGAUUGAGAAGUUUAUCCGUGCCCUCAGAGACUGCAGCAUCUCUCCGUACGUGGUGCUGGACGGGGGCUCUGACCCCACCGACAAGAAGCUGCAGGAGGUCACUCGCAGAGCAGGGGAACGGAUCAAGAGGGCCAACCGAGCGGCAGUGAGGGGAGGGCGGGAGGACAUUCUGCCAGCGCUGGCCAAGGUGGUGCUCCUCCAGACGCUGGCCCGGCUGGAGGUCCGGUUUGCUCAGUGCUACGGAGAGGCCGACCGGGAGGUCGCCGCCCUGGCGAAGGAGUGGCGCUGCCCGGUGCUCUCCGGGGACAGCGACUUCUACGUCUUCGACCUGCCGGCAGGCAUUCUGCCCCUCUCCUACUUCUGCUGGGAGGACGUGCAGCGGAGCGGCUCCCAGAGCUUCAUCCGCUGCAGGAGCUACAACACCUCCAGCUUCAGCAUCUUAUUUGGCGUCCAGAAGCAGAUGCUGCCUGCCUUUGCUGCUUUGGCCGGGAACGACUACGUAAAGCUGGAGGGCACUGAGCUGGCCCGGUUCGGCCCGCAGGGCACGGGGCGGACGAGCCACCUGGAAUGGCUGCUCCGCUGGCUGAGGGACUUCCAGUGGCCUUCGGAGGCCUUGGAAGCGGCGCUGGGGCUGAUGGAAGAUCUGAGCGUUGACAGGAGGGCGGAGCUUCUGAGGGGCCUGCACCUGGGGAUGGAGGAGUAUCAGAUCCCCUCCAGCUCCCUCAGCAAGUUCUUCAUCGACGAGACGCCUCCUCCUCCCCCGGAGGAACAGGACUGGGGUCUCGUCCCUCAAUGGACCCGGCUCCCUUUGAGCCAGGGCCGGCUGUCCUCGGAGGUCCUGGAUGUGUUGCUGCUGAAGAGGAAGUCCCUCCGCAUCCCGGUGGACCGUGGUGACUCGCCCAGCGCUCACCUGGCCUCCAGGCCGCUCCGCCAGGUGAUGUACGGGCUGUUGCUAGGCAACGGGAAGGAGGUGCAGGAGAGGGACCGAGAGGGACUCCAGCUGAAGUUAAUCCAGGUCGGAACGGCCUUCACCAAGAGCUCCAGGGGGCUGGUCCUCCCCUCACUGCAUCAGGUGGAGCCCCCCAAGCGACUGAAAGUGCUGCUCGAGGCUCUGCAGGUGAGCGAGGAGCCUCUGAGCCGCCUGCCCCCUCCUCUGCGCCUCCCAGUGGCCGCCACCUGCUACUGGCUGCAGAGCGCCGUGCCGCCUCCUGAAGAGGAGCUGCUAGGGGCCCUGCUGCUGGGACUCAGUGCUGGGAACACUGGGAGACUCAGUGCUGAGGGUACUGGGGGACCCGGAGAAGCAAGAACGAGCAGCACAACCUGUGUGAGGCGGCACGUGGGCGUGUCUCACUCCUUCAACCAAUGGCAGAGCUGCCUGGAGGUCAGCAUCCAGCUGAACCAGCUGCUGGGCUUCCCCUUACCUGAGCCCCAGAUCGCUAGGUUGUUUGAGGGGACUUUGGUCCACCAGCUGGUUCGCAGAAUGAAAUCUGGAAGAAAAGUGUCUGUGGAGAACAAGCCUCUGAUUGAGAAACUCUAUAAAACCUGUCAGAACGUCGUCAAUCAGUUUCACACUCAGGAGACUUCAGAGAACCAGAAGACGCAGAAGAACUCAGAGACCUGGACCUUAGACACUUUACAGAGCCAGAAGACUCACAAGAUUUUAGAGGCUCAAGAAAAGACGUCUCCUCUGCAGCGCCGUCCUCUGGACGAACUGACCCCCGACCUGCAGCGCCUAUUCCUCCUGAACGAGGACGAGGCGACUGAAGCCAGAUCCUCCAUUAGGGUUCAGGAGGACCUGCGGCUCUGCGAGAUGGUGUCGGUGAGGUACAGAGCUAAAGGGGGACGCAACAAGUCCAAGCACUGACCUCCUCUGGUCUCAGCGGACCAUCAGCAAGGGACAUUCUUGCUUUUUUCUUGUUAUUUUACCAACGUGUACGUCGUACAUUCCAUAAUUUUCAUAUUUAAAUAAGUUGAUCAUUUAAUUAUUUGAAUCAUCUCUGUCAUAUGACCUGAAUGUAUUGUUCAUCUUCUACAUCAGGAGACGGAUCCUCCUCUGACCUUCUCCCCACAGAAGGGCUUUCAUUCACUGUAAAGCCCUCUGAGGCAAAACUGUAAUUUGCGAUUUUGGGUUAUACAAAAUAAAAUGAAUUCAUCCAUA